AUCAGUCAUAGCUACUUCGGAUGGUCCCGAUGAGAUGGCUUCCGAGGGAGAGACGAGUGAGGGUGAAGGCCAAGAGGAGUUAUCGGGAGAGCAGUGUGAGUGUCUCGUUGGCCAGAAGGAGGAUGUAGAGCGAGAUUGGUUUGAAGUAUUCGCGGAUAGA